AUGGUACACACUGGACCCGGACCAGUCAUCCCGAAUCUCGUCUCUUGGACGGAGAAUAGCUUGUCGGCAAUCUACAAAGCCAAGACCGACGCCGAAUUUGAGACCGCCUUCAAGGAUUUCGUCGCCGACGACGCUCGCAUCACGGUGAAUGGCAAACACUUCACUCGUCAACAAUACAAGGAGCGUCUGCAAGCAGCGAAGGGAACUACCCUUGCAACCCCAGAGCUGACAUUCAACGAUGCAAUUGAAGUUCCCUCGAACCAGGACCACCCUACAGCGGCGGGUUCGGUUGGUCUCUACUACCACGCAAUCGUCUAUCAUCCUUUUAAGGUCCACGAUGCUUUCGCUUCGAGCACAAUUACAUCGUCACUUAACGUCCAGAUCGCGGACCUCAACCCGGUCGAGUCGGCGUACCCGGUUCGUCGCGGAGUGGUCUUUGAUGAAGUGGUCGUGGAACAAGCCAAUGAUGAGGUUAGAUCCUCUUAA